UAGCAGGGUGCGGGGCUCCGGGUGCCAUGACACAGCCAAGCUGAUCAUACCAGCUGAAAUCCCAUACUACGACACCCGUACUACACCGAAGAAGGUGAUGCCAUUGCCGAAGCCAACGGCCCAUCUGCGGCCGAAGCCAUGGGGGAGGCCUUGAUCGACAAGCUGUACUCCUUUCAUUUCAUCUUCACCUGGAUUUUAGCUAUCAUUGUGGCGGUGAACUGGUGUUAUAUCUUUAAGCUGGCACUUCCGGAGUAUUCGGAGCUACUGGCACCAUGGGCCAUCUACACCGUUUUGGUGACCUUCUUGAUGCCCUUCGUGAAGAUGAGCCUUCUGCGGAUGCAACAGCAAGAUGGCUGGGGGAGAAAGAUGAAGAUCUGCCAAACGCUGCUGAUUAGUAUGACUGGCACCGUGGUCGGAACCAGUUGGGCAGGCCUUGUGGCUUUGGUUUUCCCCUACGUCUCCGACUUCCAUGCACCAGGACCCGUGGGGCUUACGCUGGCGCUGGCGGUGACCCUUGUGUUCAUUAUGGUUCAAGCAGCCCUCGAGCGAGCUCUGUAUGACAUGUCAGAUGGCACCUUCAAUGCUGUCUCCUUUGACAUUAUUCUGAAUUCUUUGUGGUCGUCAUUGGGCUACUUCUGGAACUCUGUUUGGAACCGCUUCCUAGUGACCUUCCACAAGCGCAACCGGAGACCGAAGAAACCAGCCGAAUUCAUGGUGAGGCUUUUGCUGGAAGAUCAGCGAAAGGGGCCGAAGCACAAGUUUCAGACCAUCCAGGACCAGAUGAACGGGCGACCAGAUGAAGUGGACAACAAUGGGCCAGGCUAUCGGCCUUUGUUGGUGAAAGCAAUUCUCACUCUUUCGCUGUGCUUGGUGGUGCUCUACUUCAUCCCAGAGCCCUUGGAGACAGGACACCAGCGGAGGCUGGGGUGGCACCGGCGCCGGCUUUGGAUCGCGGUGAAGAUGAUGGCGACCAUCAUCCCAAGUUACGCGGUGACGGAUGCGGGCUUCUAUUUCGGUACACAACUGGUGGCCACCAAAACGGGCAGCGAGGCCCUAGGGCUCUGCACCGCCUUUGCCUAUGCAAUUCUGAUGACUUGGCUGGUGAUGUCUUUAGCUCGGAAGGUGCAGUGGCAGCCGCAGGGUGUUUAUGCUGGACGGUUAUUGGGGCUUGGUUCGUGGCUGGUGUGCUAUGCUUGGUGGUAUCCGUGGCAAGAGGUCCUGUAUCAGAUUCAAGGCUAUGGGCUGUGGAACUUGAAGAUUGGUCUUGCUUCGUCAGGUCUUUUGUUUGCGUGCCCGCCCGCAAAUGCGUUUUUCACUGGUUCCCCGAAUGCUUGCAUCCGCAUGCGAGCUGGGAAUUUGGAUAGGCCUUCUUGUAUACAUUUGGCCGGUGAAUUCUUGCAAGAGUUCGAUUCGAAUUGAACAUGCUAGCACUGCUGACCACCACCCACCCACGCCAUGGAAAACAUUAGAAAAAACCGCCUUCUAUUGACGGAAGCCAUGUGUCAAACCUUCAGCUUUGAAGCCACGGGACGCAGUCGCGAAAAUCCUAGGAACUUGGACAGCUCCGUGGAGGAAGCUUUCCAAGUUUUGCUGACUUUGGUGGGUGCCCUUUUCUUCACCAUCCUCCUAGGCAUCUCCCUGGCUCGGCUCGUGGACUGCCGCUGUUUGCUGGGGGGGUCCCCGGUGGAUUCCGCCCGCCUCAAGGAGCUCACCUCGCAAGACCUGCAGCUCCGUGCCUUCCUCGAGCGCUUGGGCCUCGCGCAGUCGUCCGACCUCAGCUCCUUGCAGCUGUCCCCGGUGGUGAGCACCGGCGAGGUCGGAGCCGACUGAGGAGGUCGUUCCGGGCUGAGAGAAUGGAUGGAACAUGGAGGGUGUUGGAUGGUUGGAAAGCAUCUUGCGGCGAGCAGGUGCCAAAAGGGAACGAUUGUUUGUCCCGCGUGGCGGUGGGGUGCCUGGGGUGGGUGUGUGUGUGUGUGU